ACUACGCCCCCCCCCCUUUAGAAUCAAACAAAGAAAACAGAGCAUUACCACCCUACUUUGUUUUUUUUUUCUCUCUCAAAAUAUACAUUGUUUUGUUCUUUCUUUCUUGUGUUGUUUCUUCACUUUUUAUAGCUAGACCUCACUGUACUAUUCUACUUCCCUUUGUUACAAGAAAAGCUCUAUAAACCCUUUUUCUUUUUGCCCCCCGUAAGGCUCCAGUACUCUUCACAAACUUAAUCAGUAAAAACCCUCAAGGCUUGAAGCAUUCAGAUCUGACGCUUUGAAUCGUUUUGGCAUUCUAGAGGUUCCUUUUUAUCUUUUUGGCUACAUUUGCUUAACACUCUGUUUUGAUUGAAUGUGUUGGAGCAUUAAAGUAAUUCUGAGUAAUUUUCACAUUCUGGUGGUGGAUAUAGGGGACCUGUUUUAGUGUUAAUUGUGGGAACAAGUUAUAUAAAAAAAUGCAGAGACCCCCACAAGAAGAUUUCUCACUCAAGGAGACCAAACCCCACCUUGGUGGAGGGAAGGUCAGUGGUGAUAAGCUCACUAGCACAUAUGAUCUUGUUGAGCAAAUGCAAUAUCUUUAUGUCCGAGUAGUGAAAGCUAGGGAUUUACCUGGGAAGGAUGUUACGGGUAGUCUUGAUCCUUAUGUUGAGGUUAAGCUGGGGAACUAUAAGGGUACGACUCGUCAUUUUGAGAAGAAGUCGAAUCCUGAGUGGAGUCAGGUGUUUGCUUUCUCAAAGGAUAGGAUUCAGGCUUCUGUACUUGAAGUGACUGUGAAAGAUAAGGAUGUUGUUAAGGAUGACUUUGUGGGUCGUGUUCUGUUUGAUUUGAACGAUAUACCUAAAAGGGUUCCCCCGGAUAGUCCUCUCGCUCCGCAGUGGUAUAGGUUGGAGGAGAGGAAUGGUAGUAAAGUCAAAGGAGAGUUGAUGUUGGCUGUUUGGAUGGGAAAUCAAGCUGAUGAAGCCUUUCCUGAAGCUUGGCAUUCAGAUGCUGCUGCUGUUAGUGGCGCUGAUGGUCUUGCAAAUAUAAGGUCUAAGGUGUACCUCUCACCAAAAUUGUGGUACCUUAGAGUUAAUGUGAUUGAGGCUCAAGACUUGAUUCCGAGUGACAAAAGCAGGUUUCCAGAAGUUUUUGUCAAGGCCAUCCUUGGGAAUCAAGCGUUGAGGACCAGAGUUUCCAUGAGCAAGACCAUUAAUCCCAUGUGGAACGAGGAUCUGAUGUUUGUAGCAGCUGAACCGUUUGAGGAGCCAUUGAUUUUGAGUGUGGAAGAUAGGGUUGCACCAAACAAAGAUGAGGUCAUCGGAAGAUGUGCUAUUCCUUUGCAGUAUGUGGAUAGGAGGUUGGACCAUAAACCUGUGAACACUAGGUGGUUUAAUCUUGAGAAGCAUAUUAUUGUCGAGGGAGAAAAGAAGGAAAUCAAGUUUGCUAGCCGGAUUCACUUGAGAGUAUGUUUGGAAGGAGGCUACCAUGUUCUGGAUGAGUCCACCCAUUACAGUAGUGAUCUUAGGCCAACUGCAAAACAGCUGUGGAAAUCUAGCAUCGGUGUCCUUGAAGUAGGUGUUCUGAGCGCUCAGGGCCUAUCACCAAUGAAAACAAAGGAUGGACGAGCAACGACAGAUGCCUAUUGUGUGGCCAAAUAUGGGCAGAAGUGGGUGCGGACAAGGACAAUUAUCGAUAGCUUUGCUCCCAAGUGGAACGAGCAAUACACCUGGGAAGUGUUUGAUCCUUGCACUGUUAUAACUAUUGGUGUAUUUGAUAAUUGUCAUCUGCAAGGAGGAGAUAAAUCAGGAGGGGCAAGGGACUCAAGGAUUGGAAAGGUCAGGAUCCGUCUUUCGACUCUUGAAACUGAUCGUGUCUACACACAUUCAUAUCCACUGCUGGUCUUGCAUCCUACUGGGGUGAAGAAGAUGGGUGAAAUACACUUGGCUGUGAGAUUCACUUGCUCAUCGUUGGUGAAUAUGAUGCAUAUGUACUCUCAGCCGUUGUUACCCAAAAUGCACUAUCUGCAUCCAUUAACUGUUAGUCAGCUGGACAACUUGAGGCACCAAGCCACUCAGAUUGUCUCGUUGAGGCUGAGUCGCGCUGAGCCACCUUUGAGGAAAGAGAUAGUAGAGUAUAUGUUGGAUGUUGGUUCUCAUAUGUGGAGCAUGAGGAGAAGCAAGGCUAACUUUUUCAGGAUUAUGGGUGUUUUAGGUGUGGUAAUUUCUGUUGGAAAAUGGUUUGAUCAGAUAUGUAAUUGGAAAAACCCCAUUACGACUGUCCUGAUCCAUAUCUUGUUCUUGAUACUGAUACUAUAUCCGGAGCUUAUUCUGCCUACCAUUUUCCUCUAUCUCUUCCUAAUUGGUAUUUGGUACUACAGAUGGAGGCCAAGGCAUCCUCCUCACAUGGACACUCGCCUUUCUUGUGCUGAUGCUGCUCAUCCCGAUGAGUUGGAUGAGGAAUUUGAUACUUUCCCUACUUCACGUCCUCCUGAUAUUAUUAGGAUGAGGUAUGACCGCAUAAGAAGUAUUGCAGGGAGGAUUCAGACUGUCGUUGGCGACUUGGCUACUCAAGGGGAGAGGCUGCAGUCUUUGCUGAGUUGGAGGGACCCUAGAGCGACAGCGCUGUUUGUGAUUUUCUGCUUGGUUGCUGCCAUUGUGCUCUAUGUUAUGCCAUUCCAAGCUGUGGCACUCUUGACCGGAUUUUAUGUAUUAAGACAUCCUAGGUUCCGCUACAAACUUCCAUCUGUGCCACUUAAUUUCUUCAGAAGGUUACCUGCUAGAACAGACUGCAUGCUCUGAGCUGUGCCUUUGGCAGCUAUCAUCUCUAUCCUACCUUAUGUGGUUUUCCCUCUUGAAUCGACGAAAAUGAUAUAGAAAUUUGUGAGGCUGUCCUUUUCCUUUUCCUCUUCACCUAGUGGUGAAUAUUAUGUCCUUGUUUUUGGACGAAGAUCUUCAUGAGAAACUUGUGAGUUUGCUUUCCAUUUGUUCUAAGUUUGUCAAAAGUUGGCUGUCUGAUGCAAAUUUAUAUCUGUAAUCAUGUAGCCUGUAAGUUCUUUUGUAGUAUUAAACAAGCUCUCUAAGUACUCCUUAGUCAAAUGGAAUUUAUUUGUUUUUUGUUCUUUCA